CACAGCAGGAGACAGGAGCCAGCGCUCCUUGGGGUUCAGGACCUCUGGGCAGCACAGAUGGGGCCUGGGAGCCGCCACCUUCCCUGCAGAGCGGCCAUAAUGCCAUGCAGCUGAGGAGCGACCUGGGCCAGGAAUCAGAACUUUCUAGGGGCUUCUGUCUUCUUUCCAGCUGCGAGCCAACGCCAGGAGGGACACAGCCAGCAGCUCCCGCCAUGGACAGGUGGUACCUGGGUGGCAGCCCCAAGGGGGACGUGGACCCAUUCUACUACGACUAUGAGACUGUCCGCAAUGGGGGUCUGAUCUUCGCUGCCCUGGCCUUCCUCGUGGGGCUUCUCAUCCUCCUCGGCAAAAGACUCCGCUGCGGAGCCAAGAAGCAGCACCGGCAAGUCAACGAAGAUGAGCUGUGAUGACAGAGGCAGCUGUGCCCACUAUUGCACCAGGGCAGUCGGGAAGCUUCCCCGAGCUGGAGACCUUUGUCCGGGCACUGCUGGGCCCUCAGGCUGAAGGAAGCACCAGGCUCCACGUGACCCUAGAUGGGCACCGUCCUCUCCCACCCCGUGCCACCUCGUGCUAAUAAUAAAGCCAGCCUGGCUCCUUCUGUG